CAUUGUAAUUUAAGUGCAGUGAAUACAACCAUCUUCUACUUAAUUCUUUUCUACAAUGCUGCUAUUACACCCAAAACAGAAUAUAAGAAUCAUAGUACUAUUAUCCUGCUUCAUAGUGAAGACAGUGAAAAACUGCUGUUAUACAGAACGUCUUGAUGACUAACCCGUUAAUCUUUUACCAUCCUUUAACUACACAGUUUAGGAACCGAACAGAUUACCCAUGUUCUCGAGAUGCCCUCAAUGGAGCGUAAAGUCCAUUACGUACAGUGCUAGCAGACAGCAUAAACAUCUGUAAAGUUGUUUCAGAUUAGGACAUCAACGGUAUGACUCCUAUGAACUUUAAGAUUCUCGUUGAACAAAUUUUCAUUCAGGAUUGCAGAAUGAUCGGUCUUAUGUUAAUUGUGAGGAAGUAUAGGAACCCGUGUUUGUAUGUUGUGUGGAGAAUAAGUUAUUGUAGAGAAUGUUUCCCGUGUUUCAUGUUGAGCUUGACUUACAAACAUAUAUGAUUUAUUAAAGCGGAAAAGGGACGCUUGUGAGUGACUCAAUUUGAUCCCAAUCGUGGUUAGUGAGCCUUUUGUUAGCUGUUGGUGGGUGUUGAAUCUGAUGCUUUUCUCUUUUGCUUCGUUGUAGUUUUGCUUUGUAGGAGUCCUAAGACUAUAAAUAAGAACUCAUUACCUUUACUUUUCUUCAUUCAUAGUUCUUUUGAAAACUUCAUUUGGGUUUCUAUACAUAGUAGUUGACUUCCCGAUAUGUCAAACCAACCCCAGUCUCGCCCAUGGUUUCGUUUAGCCACUUUAGCUCGGGCUAAUCAACAGCAGGCUCCUGCUCCUGCUCCUGCUCCUGCACCACGGCCUCAAACCCAAGCCCCUGCUCCUCCACUGCCUCGACCUGUUAUGCGACCUACAUUUAGACCGUCCACUGCUUCUCAGCCUCCUUCGGCUCAAGAACCUGCUCCUGGUCCCACGGCUCCUGUCCCUCGAGCUCCUGUUCCAACCACUGCUCCGGUUCGUCCCCCAUCUGUUACCUUUGCUGCCCCUACUCGUCCUUCCGCUGCUGCGCCUGCUGCUCCUAUUCGUCUUCCUUCUGCUACACCUGCUGCUCCUCCGAUCACCACCACUUUAGCACCAAGAAUUCCUACGUCUGCACCCCCUACUGCUGCAGCUCCUUCUAUACCUUCUCCGGAAAUCAACCGAAUUCCUUCCCCAGCAUCAGUUGCAUCUCUCGUUUCUCAAAAAUCUUCUCCCAAAACUUCUCCAUUACCCUCGCCUCCUAGAACUUCAAUGGCCUCGCCUCCAGGUUCAGCUUCACUACCCUCACCUCCAAAACCUAAAACACCACCGUCUCCUUCUACGCCUCCCAAAGUUUCUUCUCCCUCUACGAAACAAGUAAUAUCUCCCACAAUGCGUGCCAUUUCUCCUACAAUAUCUUCCUACCAUGAAGUCUCAUCUCCCACCAUGAAACAAGUAACACCUCCCGCAGCACGUGCUAUUUCUCCUCCGAAAUCUUCCUCCCCUGCAAUUGCCACUUCUCCGCCAAAACCUUUCAAUGCUUAUCCUGCAACUGCUCGUGUGCCUACUCCAGCUGCAUCUCCAAGAGCUACGAAGCCUCUUCUAGAUCUCGAGACUCCUCCACAGUCACCGAAACUAAGAUCUUCUCUUGCUCCCCCUUCUCCGUUUUUCCUCCCACCUUCACAACUGAAGUCCGAGGGAGAGAGUCAAGCAAAAAUUCCCCUAGAAACCGAAAAGAAAACCGUGCUUGUACAGCAAAUUGUAGGGAAACCGAAACCAUCUAUUAGCUCGCACGGUGGUGGUUCUCAGAAACCAAAACCGAGGGAUUGGGACUUGUACAAAAAGUCCUCAGAUUCUGAAGACGGCAGUGUGAGCAUUAUAAAUAUAUCCGGUGAUAACAAAGGCGCUGUUAUGGAACUCGGGUAUUCACCCAGAAGACUCGGUUCUGCAAUGAAUAGUCCAAACAAGAUCAACAAUGACGAUAAUCAAUCACCAAGUCAUGACGAAAGGUCAAAAGUGCAAGGUCGUGUUCUCAACACAACCGCAAAACCAUCUGUACCGAUGCAUGCUUAUAUGAAUAGCAACGUACAAAGUAUCAAUGGCUCGAUUUUCUUCAACAGUACGUGCUCGCACCAUGAUCCGGGCGUGCAUUUCUCUGUCACGAGGAAACAUAGUAAUGGCUUACAGCUAAAGGAACACUCAAAAGGAAAGAACUCCCUAAAAGAAAAGGCACAAUGGUUAUCCAAUUAAAAAUGUAUACUAUGGUCUAAGGGGAAUCAGAAUAAAGGUAUAGUUAGUAAUCAAUUUCAGAAUAACAAUUCUGAUUCCAAAACUGAAGCAAAAAGAAAUCAAGAAAAGAAAAAAAAACACUGAAAAAAUUGUGUUUCAAUAUACUAAUAGAUUAAUUUCAUGUACUUUGUUGUAUUGUUUUUCAGAGUUGAUUGAGAAUAAAGUUUAUUUUUCGAUGCUUGUUAUUA